GUUACAAUUAACUUUCCGCUUUGCUCUUGCAAGUUGAUGAUCUAUGAUUUCCUUAUCAUCAGAGUCAAAUGGAAAAUUAUUUACCAAGUUGACCAGUAAAUCAUCAACAUCAUCUUCUUCAUUGAUAAUCUCAUAUUUUAUGGUUGACUUUUGUGUACAUUCAUUGAGUAAAUCAAUUUUGUAUAAAGACAGAUCAGUCAAGACGGUUGAUUAAAAUUCAAUUGGGUCGUCAGGAAGAUAAAAAAGAGUUGAUGAAGACGAACAAAGAGUGAUGAUAAGUUUGUUUUGUGAUCAAAUCAAAAAGAUAACCAGAGUAAAUCAAUUGUCCAACAAAAUAACCAAACUUGAUCAAAUGUUCAUCUUUCUUUAUAUUCAACCGAUUGCCUGUUAAAUCUUAAUUAAUUGAAAAACUUGUAUUCUUUCUAACAUAAUCAUCUUUAUAACCAAUAUGAAAUAUAUCAUCAUAUCAGCAGUUGUAUUGACAACAAUCAUCAUAUCAGCCACAAUAGUUUUAGGUAAAUGUAUAAAUGGAAAAGAUCAAACUGAUUGGGCCAAACAAAUGGUCGGUAAAAUGGGUUUCGAUGAUACCAAACCAGUUCGUUUGCCGAGAAGACUUCUUGGUGAUGUGUAUUUAAAACGAGGCUUUAUUCACGGCAUGGAAUCGGUCAAAUUAUCUCAAGAACCUGUCCUGUUAAUUUGUCACAAUGAAUCAAUAGGAGCCAUUCAAUUGAAACUUGUCGUUGAAAAUGUAACCUUUAAUUAUGACUGGGUUUACGGUGAUGAUGAAAGCUGGGGAAUAGCAAAAACACCGCCACAGCGAAUGUAUAUUGAUAUUGAUAUUGAACAGUCUGAUGAAUCAAAGAAACCAGUGAUGCUCGGUAUGUACAUAACUAAAAUAACGAAUACCAAGUUUUCGGUUGAAGUCAAUGGAAGUAAAGAUCGCAUGUCUGAUGCUUUUGACCAUCGAUAUCAAGUCGCUUUGGUUACACGGACUUUUAUUGCUCGUGAUGCUGGCCUGGCAAUUACAAUGGAAGUUUCUCCAAAAGUUACUGAUUUUCUCUUCUACAAUAAACUUGAAAUUUAAUAACUAUCAAGAUUAUUAAGGUUAACCAGAUUGACACACGUUAAAGUGAAUUGAUCAACCUUUUUCAAGCAUCCAUUGUGAGAAUAAAGAAAGUGCUUUGGUUUUAUCAUUGAUUGUUGUAUUAUUGAAACAUUGCUUUUUGAUAAACGAAUCAAGAAAAAUAUGAAAAUUGAAAACAUUUUUGUGAAGGUAAAAUAAACAAGAUUGUUUUACGGAUUUGCGUUUCUUUUCAUCUCUAAGUUGUUAAUGAUUCUUAUGUAUUCGCCAAUUGGUUUAAAUUGAAUCGGGUUUAGUUAUUUCUUUUUUUUUUGUUUGUUUACUUUUUUACGUUUACAUCAUUUUGGUAGAGUAAAUGUAUUUACAGGUAUUGACAGUGUGCUCUAUAUAAAUACUAUUUACAACAAAAGUAAUUAAGUUUUGGUUAAACACAACACUGCUGAUUGUGAGUGUUACAUUUGUUUGUUUGUUUCUUGUGAAAAACAUUCAAUCAAGAAUAAAAUGAUUACAAAGAAAAAGGAGACUUUAGAAAGUUGAAGUUUCCAGAAGAAAGGAGGAAAUUAUGGACAAGUUUUUAGGGAAAUAUGAAGAAAAAUAUCCGAAUGUAACAGGAUUUGAUAAUUGUAAGUGAUGACAGCGAUUUUAGUUAUCAUAUCAGUAUUAUCACCAUCAUUUAAAUCGUCGACGCAGUCGAUUUUGCACAUUAAUUAAAAAUGCUUGUUGAAAAUGAGUUGUGAAUCUGAAGGAUGAUAGAAUUAAAAAUAAUUCUCGAUGUAAUGCUGAUUAACACCAUUUGUUAAAUCAAAGGGCGAACAAUAUGAAGAAUGAUGAUCAAUUAUAUAAAUGAUCGGCGUUUAAAUCCAAUCGAAUCACAGUGAUUCAAAAACAUGAUAAAAAGUAUGAACAGCAAAAAUUGGUUCAGCCAAAUUGAAGCUGAUUUGAGUGCUUUGGUAUCUUCUUAAUUCAAAGAGUAUUUUCCUUCCAAUUCCAGAAGUUUAUUCAGUGGUUUGCGUCUCUCGUGUUUUUAUUUUUUUUCUGCCUUUCCAGUUAUCAAGUACGAUGAUACCUAACAUCAAUCUCGAGAUAUGCUCAAUUUAAAAAU